AUGGAUAACACACUAUUGGUGGAUGUACUGGCCGGUAUUACCGGCGGAUUUGCGUCCGUAUUCGUGGGCCAACCGCUGGACACGGUCAAGGUGAAAAUGCAAUUGUUCCCCAAGAUGUAUGGUGGCAUGUUUCCAUGUUUAACAAAUACUGUCCGUCAACAAGGAUUUUUUGGUCUGUACGCGGGUAUGCUACCGGCACUCGUCUCGAAUGGUGCCGAUGAGGCGGUCAUGUUUGGUACUUACGGACAGUGCCAGAAAAUAGUGGCCAAAUCGGUCGGAGCAAACGAUACGACUGAUUUGAAUUACAUCGAAAAUGCAGCAGCGGGAAGUAUUGCGUCAGUAAGCAAAAUAAUAAUAAAUAUGGCAAAUUGA